UCGGCCGACAAUGCGGCACGUGCGCCCGUCUCUGCUUUGCACUCUUUGCCUCCAUUUUAUUCUGCUUUGCGUUGCAGAGGAAGGCCUGGAAUUCCCCAACUUUGACGGCAGGGACCGGGUGUUGGACAUCAACGAGCGGAGCUACAAGAAGGCUCUGAGGAGGUUUGACCUGCUGUGUCUGUUUUACCACGAGCCCGUGACUGCCAACAAGGGGCUGCAGAAGCGCUUCCAGAUGACUGAGCUGGUCCUAGAGCUGACAGCUCAGGUGCUGGAAAACAAAGACAUUGGAUUUGGGCUGGUGGAUGCGCAAAAGGAUGCCAAAGUAGCCAAGAAGCUGGGCCUACAAGAGGUGGGCAGCGUCUACGUCUUCAAGGACGAUCGCGUCAUUGAAUUUGAUGGAGAACUCUCAGCGGACACUCUUGUGGAAUUCCUCUUGGAUGUGCUGGAGGACCCAGUGGAAAUAAUCAACAACGCGAUGGAGCUCCGAGCCUUUGAACGGAUAGAGGAAGACAUUCGCCUCAUCGGUUACUUCAAAGGGGAGGAUUUACACUACAAAGCUUUCCAGGAAGCCUCAGAACGUUUUCAACCUUACAUCAAGUUCUUUGCCACGUUUGAUAAAGCUGUGGCCAAACAUCUCUCCCUCAAGAUGAACGAAGUGAAUUUUUACGAGCCCUUCAUGGAGGAGCCCACCGUGCUGCCUGGCAGACCUUUGUCCGAGAUGGACAUUGUGGAUUUUGUCAAUCAUCACAGAAGGGCCACUCUGAGGAAGCUCCGGGCAGAGAACAUGUUUGAAACCUGGGAGGAUGACAUGGACGGAAUCCAUAUUGUUGCAUUUGCUGAAGAGGAGGAUCCAGAUGGCUAUGAGUUUCUGGAGAUCUUGAAGGACGUGGCCAGAGACAACACCAACAACCCAGAUCUGAGCAUUGUCUGGAUUGACCCUGACGACUUCCCUCUGCUCACCACUUACUGGGAAAAGACCUUCAAUUUGGACUUGUUCAGGCCUCAAAUCGGUGUGGUCAACGUCACAGAUGCAGACAGUGUGUGGCUAGACAUGUCCGACGACGAGGACCUGCCCACGGCAGAGGAACUGGAGGACUGGAUUGAGGACGUCCUGUCCGGCAGGAUUAACACGGAGGACGACGACUUGGAAGACGACGGUGGAGACUUUGACGGGGAUUUUACUGAAGACAGCAACGAGAGCCUUGACCAGGAUGAAGAUGACCUCGAUGACUGAUCUUGCUGCGAUCUUUAUCGUAUCUCUUUACAUCUCUUUCAGAUGAGAAAUCCUUUGAGAGAUUAAGAUUUGACCCCUUGUACUUUAUGAUACAGAGGAGAUAGGGGCAAUGUAAUGCUUGCUACAUGCUAUGAUCGCGAUUACAACAUUGCUUUUCUUGCAGAGGUAAAAGUAAAAUAAUGCACAGUGCUGCCUUGACUUACAAGUUUACUUCCGUCUCUGACCACAUUUGUAACCCAAAUUGUGCAUAUCUGGAGUUAUCUUUCGCCACUGAAAUAAAAGCAAAUUAAUUCCUUCCAGCACUUCAACAAAAACCAACAAAAAUGUUUGUCGCCGGUUUAUCAGGGAAAACAGAACUCCACAGUAUUGUACUUUGGAGAAAACUGUGAUGACAAUUUCAUUGAACGGAAAGAUUUAAACAGUUUAUGCAUCAUGAUAAUUCAAUGGGCAGUGUGCUACUCAUUCUGGUGUGCACGCUUUGUCCACCGUGUGGCAGUAGACGAGUAGUUUUCAAAUUGGGGGAUCUCAGCUCCCGCCCACCUCCUUCUGGUUUUCUAUUUUCACUGCGAUGAUUUACAACCAUUUUUACAUUUUUUUUUUUGUGCUAGCAUAUCUCGCCCCCACCCUGUUAGAGAAGAUUUCAAGAUGCUGGGGGGGGGGGGGGGGCGCAGCGAAAAAAGUUUGAAAACCACUGAUAGACAUACUAUGUUCAGAUUUAGCAAUGAAGUUCAAAGAACAUGUCAACUAAGAUGCAAUAAUAUUAGCCAUUUUUCCACAGAAAAUAAAUAAUACAUGUCUGUGAAUAUUGUAGUAUGUUUUGUCGGCAUGUGUUGUUCCCAUUUGCAUCCAAACAUGAAUUUAAAGGUUUAUUGUUACCGUCGCGGUGUGUUUGUGAAUCCAGAGGCUCAGUGACGGUGUCAUCUGGUGGACAACUGAAGCCAUAGCAAUUUCUCAAGAACAUAAGUGAAGCA